AUGGUUCCUUGUGAGGACUAUUUGGUCUCUAUGAUUGACCUCCCAGAUGACUCUCUUCACAUAAUUUUUCAUAAGCUGGAGAGCUGCACUGACCGCAAUGCCUUCGGUUUGACCUGCUGGCGCUGGCUUCAGAUUCAGAAUUUGGCUCGUGGUUCGUUACAAUUUAAAUGCUCUCAUCGCUCUUCCAUCUCCGACAAUGUCAGGUACCUUUCCAGGCUGCUGGGGCGCUUCCAGCAGCUCAACUCAAUCUCUUUGGCUGGGUGCACAGAGCUGCCUGACUCAGCGCUGACCCAGUUGCGAUCUUCUGGAUCAAAUCUGCGAACUCUCUUUCUGGAUUGCUGUUUUGGCAUCACAGACAACGGUCUCUCUCUGGUAUUUGCUGGAUGCCCAGCUUUGGUAUCUGUUAGUCUCUAUCGGUGUAAUGUAACAGAUGUUGGGUUAGAAAUUCUAGCAAAAUCCUGCCCAACCUUGGAGAGAGUGAAUCUCUCAUAUUGCACUCUUCUUUCUGACCAUGGAAUCGGAGCUCUCUCACGGGAAUGCCUCAAGCUCCGGGCUAUGACAAUCUCAUAUUGCAGGGGAAUAACAGGUACUGGAUUCAGAGGUUGCUCACCAACUCUAGCUUAUUUGGAAGCUGAUUCGUGCUUGCUUACUCCCGACGGUCUGCUUGGAGCUGUCAGUGGAGGCGGUCUUCAAUAUCUGAACGUAUCGAGCCUGAGGUGCUGGGCUGGUGGAGAUGGACUGGCCAGCAUUGGUGCUGGGUUUGCCAAGAACCUCUGUUUUCUUAACCUUCGUCUCUGUCGAUUUGUUGGUAAUGAGUCUGUGGGGACCAUAGCCAAGGGUUGUCCAGUGCUUGAGGAGUGGAAUCUGGCAUUGUGCCACGAGGUCAGGGUCUCUGGCUGGGAGGCAAUUGGGUCGAAUUGCCAUAACUUGAAGGUUCUGCAUGUGAACCGGUGUCGGAACCUGUGUGACCAUGGGUUGCGGGCAUUGCAGGAUGGGUGUCAUCAGCUUGCAGUUCUGUACAUGCACGGGUGCCGACGGGUCACUUGGGUGGGUUUGGAGUCAUUUAGGAUGAGGAGAUGGGGUGUGAAGGUAAGGGGAGAGGAGAACGUCUCUGUUGGGCCCUCCUUGGACCAGUUUUUCCUAUGACUGAUUGAUAUCUGUUGCUUCCCUGUCCAUAGAAUCGAGUUCAUGGUAUGGUGACUGCUCCCUGUAAUUCCAAUUUUAGCUAUGGGAUACAAUGUCUAAUUGUGGGAAAUGAAUCAAGGCGAAGAUGGUGUAUUUGCGGAUUUGCUGAUUAACUAUUCCAAUUCAUUGCUAUUGAAUUGUAAAUGAAGUCAGGUGGGAACAGAGAGUAGUAUUGUUUUCUAGGCAGAAUGAAGAUUGUUCUCUUUUCCUUC